AGCUUUAAGACCAUGCUGUACUCCAACAGGCAACAUCUGUCCUCUGCACUGUGUAUCGCGCUUGGCUUCAGGUCCGUUUCUACACAGUCGGUGAUCUGACACACACAGCGCUGCGAGAGAAAGGAGACAUCCAGAACACAGCACCAUAUUGAUGACAGAGUGAGAGCGAUGGGAUGCAAGGAGAAGAUAUUAUCCCUCUGCUGUUCUAUAUAGACGGACCGAUAGCGUGAGGAACACUGGAGCUACGAGGGCACACUACAACAAAUAAGACGGAGAGGUGCUGCAAAAUGCGCCAUGGGUUAGCUUUAUUCCUCGUCCUAACUCUGUGUGGCAGCCUGUUCUUAAUCUACCACGCUGGUUUCCAUGGUACCACCAACGCGGCGGAGAGGUCCAGAGAUGGGAGGGAUGUAGCGAGAAGAAGAUGGCAGACUGAGCAGCAGCAGACCACCAGUACCCCACCUCCUCGCCCCACAGUCUUACAGGGAUACAGCGGUAUCAUCGACCACAAGCCUCUGAGAAUGCACUGCCAUAGCUGUGCGUUGGUCACCAGCUCUGGUCACCUGAUGGGUGGUGGUCGCGGUGAGGAGAUCGACCGGGCGGAGUGUGUCAUCCGUAUGAACGACGCCCCCACGGCGCUGGGGUACGGGCGAGACGUCGGGCGCCGCACCUCGCUACGCGUCAUCGCUCACUCCAGCAUGCAGAGGGUCCUACGGAACCGCCACGAACUGCUCAACACAUCCCAGGACACAGUGUUUAUCUUCUGGGGGCCCAGUAAUUACAUGAGGCGAGAUGGGAAGGGUCUGGUCUACAACAACCUGAGGUUGAUGAACCAGGUGCUGCCCAAACUAAAGGUCUACAUGAUCUCCAGGCAGAAGAUGCUGCAGUUUGACGAACUCUUCAAGAGGGAGACGGGCAAGGACAGGCGUAUCUCUAACUCGUGGUUGAGUACUGGUUGGUUCACUAUGACCAUAGCUCUGGAGCUGUGUGACCGGAUCAAUGUCUAUGGCAUGGUGGCUCCAGACCACUGCAGAGAGCCCCGGCCCCCAUCCUCCCCCUCCCCCUACCACUACUACGAGCCCCUCGGUCCAGAGGAGUGUGCCAUGUACAUCAGCCAUGAGCGGGACCGCAGGGGCAGCCAUCACCGCUUUAUCACGGAGAAGAGGGUCUUCACCAGCUGGGCUCGAACCUUCAACAUCCACUUCUACCAGCCUGACUGGGAGCCCCCGCCGCUGGCCCCCGCUAACCACUGACCACUGCUAACCACUGACCACUGACCCCUGCUAACCACUGACCCCUGCUAACCACUGACCCCUGCUAACCACUGACCCCUGCUAACCAUUAACCACUGACCCCCACUAACCAC